GCAGCGGCAUCAGCGGACGGCGAGAGAAUUAUUACGUGAACGCGACUAGCUUGUUCCGAUGCCGUCAGCCCAUAAUGUAACAUCGAGUGCGAUUGUAAAUUGUACUAAUUGGGCAUGGCGGUCUUUAACAACAAAACAGUGCUUUCAUCAAUUACUACCCUAGUGGCAAUGUUAUACAACGAGCGCGCAUUCUACCAGUGCUAAAGGAAUUUUGUGUUACAAAUCAUUUCCAUUACUGUCAAACGUGAGUCUAUCACUAGGACGGGUGCAUUAUGCACAUGUCAGUGUGUGUGUGCGUCAAGUGAUCACAAAUAGUGCGAAAGGGGUUUGGAAUGAUCGCUAUUGUACUGUUACUAUCAUCUCUGGAUUAUGGUACGAAUAAAUAUUGUUAAACAAAUCAAAAGACAUUUCUGUAAUUAUGGAUCCUAUAUUAGAAAAUGAGGGUGCAUUAUCAGACUCUUCAAGCAGCAGAUAUGGAAAGUCAAAGCGCAAAAAGAAAAAGAAUCUCAAUGAGGCGCAAAAUGAAAGCCAAACGGUUGUAAGUGAUAAGAGAAGGUUUGUCGUAACUACGUUACCCACUUCAGACGAUCAAAAUGUUCCUUCUGAACGAUUACCACAAAGUAACGUGCAUACUGUGCACUUUGGAACACGUGGUGUUGAAUCGCAGAGGCCUCAUGUCAGAUCAAUCUUUAAAGACAAGCCAGCAGAAACGUCCAGACCUUCAAGUGCAGAAAGAGAGACAACGAGUAAAAAAGAAUAUGAAACAUUUCAUGGAACGUCUUCUAGUCCAAGGAGCUCUAUUUUUGAUAUAUUUAGGAUAAGAAGAAAAAGUGAUUCAAAAAAACAUCAGACUCUAAUACAGAAUGUAAAAGGCGCUGUAGCUGGGACAUCAAAAGAGUCUCCUGAAAAUUCUAAAGCAGAUCAAAAUACUUUGGAUCCUAAAGAGUCUCAUAAAAAGUAUUAUUACACAGUAACUGGAGCUUCUUCUACCCGAAAAAGUAGUCCGAUUACUAGGGUUAUGGAUAUUUUUAGAAGCAAACCACAUUCACAAACAGAACAAAACGCGGCUGAAACUGCGAAAAAGAAAAAUGCAAAACAGAUUCGUCGUUCCUCCAUUGGAACCACUUCACCGACAUACCAUAAAAAUUCGUAUGCUUCGCUAGAUCCAACACAGGCAAAACAGUUGUUCAGAGAAGUUCGUGGAUUACCCAAAUAUGAUCCAUACUUAUCUAUUGUGCAAAUUUCUAUAGGUGGACGAGAUAAGACAAGGCUACUUUUAAAUUUUUUUAAAUAUCAUAAAUGCUAUGAGAUACUUCCUAAAUCAGCAAAAGUCAUUAUAUUUGACACUCAGUUUCUUGUUAGAAAAGCUUUUCCUACACUCGUUUCACAUGGUAUUCGGUCUGCUCCAUUAUGGGAUGCUAAUAAAAAAUCACUUGUGGGAAUGAUUACUGUCACCGAUUUCAUCCGAAUUCUUUUACUUCAUGAAAAAGAAAAUUUGUCAAUGGAUGACUUUGAAAAACAUACGCUUCAUAAUUGGCGCAAAAUAUUACGACCAACACGAAAGCCUUUAUGCAGUCUUAGUCCAGACCAGUCAUUACAUGAGGCUAUAAACUUGCUUAGCAAAAAUAGAGUUCAUCGUCUUCUUAUUAUUGAUCCGCUAACUGGAGAUGUUUUAUAUAUAUUGUCUCAUAAAAGGAUAUUAAGAUUUUUGUUUGUAUAUCUCAACGAAUUCCCUGAAUUAACAUUUUUUCAUAAAAAUAUGCAGGAUUUAAAUGUAGGAACAUAUGAUGAAAUUAUUUCAGUCACUGAUAACACGACUAUCCAAGAAGCUUUCCAGCUAUUGUUAGAAAAAGAUAUAUCAGCUUUGCCUAUAUUAGAUGAAAGUGGUGUCCUGAUCAAUGUUUACGCUAAAUAUGAAGUACUAAAUUUAGUCAAUGAAAAAUUAUAUUUAAAUUUGUCCUUAACAAUAGGAGAAGUACGAAAUAAAAAGAAAGACUGGGAAGAGAAACUUCAAAAAUGUCUUUCGAGUAUUACCUUAUAUGAGGCCUUAGAAAUUAUAGUUAGAACUGAAAGUCAUCGAUUACUAUUAGUUAAUAAGGAUGAUAAGCUUGUAGGAAUUGUGUCACUAUCGGAUAUAUUGGUUUACCUUAACAGAGUAAUUCCAACGGAGAAAAAAAUGUCAUCUCUUCAAGAAAUAUUUCGCCCCUUGGAAGAAAAUAAAGUUCCUGAAUCUUCAAAAGAAAGUGAAAACGAAGUUAUAUCUAUUACAGUCCCUAAUAUUCAAGCGCAAAGUGUACCUGAAGCUAACGAUGUCCCAUGUGAAGAGAAUAGCUCUAUGGAAAAUAAUAAUAGAGAUACUAAUACGAAUAACUCGGAGACUGAAGUAGAAAAUGCUAGUCUAAAAUCAGAUAUGAUUGAAAUAAAGGAAGUCGAAUCAGAUGAAGCGCCACAAUCUCAAUGAAGAUUUGAAAAAAUAAUUCUAGGUGAUUUCAUAAUAAUUCCAAAGAUAUUAAAUAGAUAAAACUAGUGUAUCUCAUGAAUGCUUUCUGCUUUUAAAUUAUGAUAUUGUAAACUAACUUAUUACUUAAUUGUUAAAAGUAGUGUCGUCACCACGUGAAUGCCUUAUUUAAUAUUUAAUUCAAUAUAUUAUAUAUCGCUAAAAAUUCAAUAAAAUAUUUUAGCAGUGUU